AUUUAUACUUCCACAUCAACCAGGUCCACUAGUAAGUACCACGGUGAUUAUGCAACAAAGCAUGCACAGUGACCUGAUCCUCGUAAAUCGUAACGAUCGUCCACCCGGCCCUUUGUUAAUGUGGCUACUGGCAAAAUCGGAUUGUGGCAUCUUGGGAGGGUAUUUAAGUCGCUCACUCAACUAUGUAUUUCCUGUAUUAACCGCUCUCCUUAACUUCAAAGUUCUCAACAGAAAAAUUCUCGACAAUAUGCAAUCUGAGGCACCCGUUCUUAAUAACGCACCACCCGCCAUGAUUCAGCACCCGGGGGCGAUUGCCCAUGCCUCACAGCAUCACCAACCUAAUGUUCAAAUGUUCUAUGUGCCACAGGUUUAUCUUCAUAAUCCAAGCGACUUGUACCCUCCAUUACCACCAUCAAACCAGCCUACCCCAAUUGACACCCUCAUCACGAAUAUCCUCAAACACCGCUCUAAGGAAGUCCCACCUGUACGCAAGGGUCCAAUUACUACUUUACCUGCGGACAUCAUCCUGCACAUCUUCAAGAUGGGCAUUUCCGACGACGACUGUCAAGAAAAGAUCGAUUUUGCGGUCCUGGUUUCGCAUGUCUGUCGCGCUUGGCGUAAUGUUGCUCUCAGCUGCUCGUCGCUUUGGGCGAAUAUCAUUAUCACGCCGGGUAACAUGCAUGACACUAACGGGCAUCCCGCUACCGCAAAUCGAUCACUCCUUUGUGCGCAGGAAUUCGCCUUGCGCUCUAGAGUACUCCCGUUAUCUGUUCGACUCAAACUUCCUAUGACAGUGUCGGGCACAGGCGUAUACCUUGGCACGCGCGUGAUGGUGAUAAUGGAUUGGCUCCGUCUGUUGUUUCCACGCGUCAAGUUCCUUUCGAAUUUGGAGACCUGCGAAAUCGACUUCGGCGCUAAGGCCCAGUGCUUUUUUAAUCGAUUGCUACCGCCAUAUCACUUGCCUUUUGUUUUCCUCACUCACCGGAUCGCAGAAAAGGCAGAAGACAACAUCCGUCCGAAGUUAAAACAGGUUAAACUGUCUGGUUUGCCUAUCUGCUGGCCGAUGUGGUCAUUAACACGGUUGACAUCCCUCUCAAUUAAUUACAUGGCCAUCGAUGAAUGUCCUUCGAUGGAUAUGCUCAGGCUCGUCCUUGAACUGAACAAAGAAACUCUGGAACGGUUCGAGAUCCAAGGUGCCAUUAAUGCAUCUGACGACGCCAGGGAAAAAAUGCCAACCGAAUUACCGAGGCUCACGCAUCUUACCAUUGGUUUUGUAAAGGAGUGGGACGCUAUUUCAUUUUUCUUCACGUUUCACACACCUGCACUGAAGCACCUCAAGCUACGUCACAUCGCUCGCUCGAUUAUUGAUGAUCACUGGCGACGGUUACACGGAUACAGUGCAGUCACUACGGUCAUCCCGAAUCAUGCUUUACAGCUGCCUGAAAACAUCUCUUCUACGGUCCUUUUCGAAGAUCUGCUUUACACACACACCUCGCUGCUUCAACAGAUCGAAUCGCUCGAGCUUCAGGAAAUUUAUGUAAUACCUCUUUUCGACGAUAAAUUCAAGCAUGACAACGAUCCUUUAAAACAAUCGUAUCACUGCCGUGUUGUUUUCGCUUACCGCGUAUUGGCAGCAUGCUCGCAGCUUCGGUGUCUCAUUCUCGCCGAACCCGACCAGUGUUUCCUCGAUGCACUCAACAUCUAUCCCGACGAUACUGAUAAGAGCCGCCCGGUCGCCCCCCCGCUGACUCACCUGUAUAUAUUCUGCGCUGACCAUGACCGCCUAAAGUUAUUUUUGCAGAAAAGGGCAGAAAUCUUGGAGGAGGACGGUUCGCGUAGAUUGGAGCACCUUGGACUGGGGACAAAUGAAGGGCGUCUGGCGGAGGUUAUGCGAUUGGAGAACAUCGACCUCGGAUGUCUUGCGAAGAAAAGCGUCAUAUCUUAAGGCGCGGAGGAUUAAGCGUUCGUUAUCUGAAUCCUGUGCCAUAGUUAUGUUUUUGAAAUGUCACGAAAGAGG